AUGGUGAUCACCAAGCUUCUUCAGGAAUAUAGGCGAUCCAAGGAGUCCGGGAACACUCUCCCGUUGCUGAACACGCAAUGGAACCCGCUGACCACCUUGCGGAGUCUUGAUUUCCGUGAGAUACGCCUUUCUCAGUAUAUUCACUACACCAUCGUGGCUAUAUUCUUUGCAUUCGAGCUCUACAUCAUGGAAAUACCCGUUUUGGCCAAACCGUUGAUUGCGCUGACCCUAAUAGUAUUGGUGACCGUGCCCAUCACGUCCCAAUUUUUCAACUACGCUCUUCCGGUGCUUGCCUGGGUGUUUCUUUUCUUCUCCUCGAAAUACAUCCCGCUUCAAAUGCGGCCGCCGAUCACCGUCAAGGUUCUUCCCGGAAUGGAAACCAUUCUCUACGGCGAUAACCUGUCGCAGCUGCUGGCGUCCUACACAUCAACUCCAUUAGACAUAAUAGCAUGGAUUCCCUAUGGAAUAUUACAUUUUUCAUUACCAUUUGUGGUUGCCGCGUUGGUUUUCAUCUUUGGCCCCCCUAAAACACUGCGAGUGUUCUCGUUCACCUUCGGAUACAUGAAUCUCGUGGGCGUUGUGAUCCAGAACCUGCUUUUCGCCUGUGCUCCGCCGUGGUACAAAGUGUUGCACGGCCUUGAAAAAGCAAACUACUCCAUGAAGGGAAGCCCUGGCGGGUUGGCCAGAAUCGACCAGAUCCUCGGCAUAGAUAUGUACACGACCGCAUUCACGAACUCGCCACUAAUUUUCGGUGCUCUGCCCUCUUUGCAUUCUGCCUGUGCGAGUCUGGAUGCCAUUUGGUUGUCGUACCUGUUCCCCAAGUUUACUCCGUUGUGGUGUGUCUAUGUUUCGUGGCUGUGGUUCAGCACAAUGUAUCUGACACACCAUUAUUUUUUCGACUUGACGUUCGGGUGCUCGCUGGCCAUUGCCUCGUUCUAUUCGGCCAAACUGGUCGGAAAACUCGCCGUUAACGACAAAUUUUGCAGGUGGUCCUACGACAUGCUGAAUCUGCACGAUCCCCAAGUCGAAGAUCCGCUCGCAACAGACACAAGUUUCCUGAUAGAAGACGACCUAGACUUGGAGGACGACGGCUUUUUCGAUGACACCAGCAUCGAAAUGAGAGAUAUCAGUACUGCAUAG